GAGAGCUCACACAUCUAAAUUUUUCUCCAUAUUACAAAAGAACUAAAGAAGAUGGAUCAGUCAUCAUCAACGUUGCUCAUAAACCAGAGAAAGUCAUCAUCGUCUCCGACUAGGAUCCCACCUAAGCAGAAGAGGAAGUCAACGACUACGCACAAACCCAUCAAAGUCCGUUACAUAUCAAAUCCGAUGAGAGUCGAGACUUGUCCUUCUAAGUUCAGAGAGCUUGUUCAAGAACUCACCGGUCAAGACGCCGCUGAUCUACCACCGUCGCCCACCACUUUUACCGCCGUAGAUCUCCACCGUCCGUGUGAGUCGGAGAUGAACUUAGAGCCGUUGGAUGGAGAGGUCCGUGGAGAGUAUUAUUCACCGUUGGAUGAGGAAGUGUUUAAUGCUCCUCAGAUGUCGGCAGGUCUUUCUGGUUUUUUCUCGUCUGGAUUUUACAAUGUUAACGCUUUAGGAAGCAUUGGUUCUCUCUGAAUUUUAAACUAUGAAUGUUUUGUUUCGGCACUGAAACACCGAUCACGAAGAAUAAACCAUCUAUAGUUUUAGGGUUUUCAUCAAAACCUAUAUAUGGAUAUAUUACAUAUAUAGUUUUUUUUCUCGCGAAUUAUUUACGUUUGUGAGUAUAUAUAGAAAUCUUUCAUUUGUUUGUGGUUUUUUUAUUUUAUAAUAAUAAUCAAACCGUAUUAGUUUUAGUUGGGUUUAUUGGUGUAGUUAUGUAAUAAUUAACCUCAAAAUCCCAAUUUGGUGGUAGUGAUUUUGUGAUCAGUUUAAUCUCUGGUGUAAAUGAUCACAAACGGAAAAGAAAUAAUAAUCCAUAUAGAGCUUUUAAGUU